AUGGAAGAUGCAUCAACUGAACGAGAGAAAAUGUUGUCUGAGAAAGCAGAUGAAUUGGAAAACAAUUUGAGACUCUCGGGUGUAACUGGAAUAGAAGACAGGCUACAAGAUGGUGUUCCAGAAACUCUUUGUGCUUUGAGAAAUGCUGGAAUUCAAGUUUGGGUGUUGACUGGAGACAAACUGGAAACUGCACAGAAUAUUGCAACCUCGAGUGGAUUAUUUCAUCCACAGAGACCAUUGAAAGUAAUUGAAACCGAGGCUGAUGCAGAAGAAGCAAGUGAAUCUGCUGGACUGAAUAUCAUAAUGUCUCCAGCUGCUAUUCGAUUAGCUCAAGAAGGAAACUCACAUCUGAUGGAGGCGUUAAAAAAAGCAAAAACAGUUCUAUGCUAUCGGAUGACUCCCUCAGAGAAAGCAACAAUUGUAAAUACUGUAAAGAAGAAAAUCAAAGGAAAUGUUUUGGCAAUUGGAGAUGGAGCUAACGACGUCCCGAUGAUUCAGGCGGCUCACGUGGGAAUUGGAAUAGCUGGAAAAGAAGGAUUACAGGCAGCAAUGGCUUGUGAUUUUGCAAUUGCUCGAUUUAAAUUUUUGUCGAGAUUAUUACUUGUUCACGGACAUUGGAGUUACUACCGGCUUGCUAAUACAUUUUUGUAUUUUUUGUAUAAAAACGCUAACGCAGUAUUCAUAAUUUUCUAUUAUCAAUUUUUCAACGGAGCUUCUGGAACAAACAUCGUUGAUCCUAUAUGGGGUGUGACCUACCCUAUUAUAUUCACAAGUGUUCAACCAGUUGUAGUUGGAGUUCUAGACCAAGAUUAUGAUGAUGCAACAUUGAUGAGUAAGCCAGAAAGAUAUAUUAUUGGAAGAGAAAAUCAAUUGUACACGUGGAAACAUUUCUUCCGAGAUGUGAUUGAUGGAAUAUAUCAAGCUGCUGUCAUUUAUUAUGUCGCACAUCUGACUCUCUACGGAUCAACUGCCAGUCUAUGGGAAAUGGGUUUCUAUGUAGCAACGAGUUCAAUUCUGGUCAAUUCUGGUCAUCUAGCUCUUCAAGUUCGCUAUUGGCAUUGGCGUCUUGUACUACUAUUCUGUCUAUUUAUAUUUUUCCAAUUCGCAUAUUUCUUCGUUGAAUGUCUCACUCCCGGUGCUUAUAUGAUUCCUGAUCCUCCAGUUUGGAUGCCAGUGAAUGCAAUGGCAGAUUCACGGUUUUGGUAUUCUCAAGUCAUCACUGUCAUUGUGGCGUUAUGCCCAAGAUUCACUUCAAUGUGCCUACUAUCUUCAUUAAACUCUGCAUCAAUAGGCUCAUGA